CGUUCAAUUCAUCUCGCAUUUUCAGACUGGCGCAAAAGCCCGCGAUCUCAUCUGCGUCGUCGCAGUGUGAAUCCUUCCGUCACAGGGGGCACAAGUGGAGUGUCUGCGUCGAUAAAGCACACCCUGAGGGCCAGUUGAUGAAAGCGCCCUAGGAGAGCUUGCGGUUUAUCCAUUCAUCUCGACCCGUUUCAUAAAAUCAAACAGCACAGACUAUUCAGCAAAAGUGCGUGCAGUGUGGCCCAGUGAUAAUUAUGCGAACAUUUUAACUAGUUAAAUCAGUGAAAAGGGUACCGCAAGUGUCAGACAACAAUGAGGUGAAUUGUCGAGCGAAAUCCUCAGGUUGCAUCCGACGUUUCAGUGUCAAAUAUCGAAUAAAAAAUCAAUAAUUUUUCAUUAUUCGCAUAUUUCAUUUCUCUCAGGCGUGAUGAGAGUUGGAUUUCCAUCUCAUCUGAUAAAUUUAUCGAUCAAAUAAAUAGGAGAAAGUAUUUUAUUGAUUAAUUGAGAAGAUAAAUCGGGACGAAUGUGAGGAUAAAGUAUUAUCGAUUAAAGUAAUGAGACUAUCGUCAUUUUCCCCGGUAGGAAAUAAGUGAGGUAAAAGUGUUCUUCCGAGGAAAGAGCAGCCCGGCGAGCGACGAGGCCCCGGGAUUCGAGCAACAGAAGGCGGACUCGAUGCCGGAGGCUUCGAGUUCGGGUGUCGGGCCAGACCUGAUGGGGGUGGCCGACGAGCCGGAUUAUUCAACGUUCGAGAACAGAUCGGGCCUCGCCGAGGACAUGAAGUUCCUCGCAAGUAUGCCUGAGCUAUGCGACGUGACAUUUCUUGUUGGCGACACUCGCGAGCCGGUAUGCGCCGUCAAGGCCGUACUCGCCGCAAGAAGCAGAGUUUUCCAUAAAAUGCUAUAUCAGGCGCCGAGUCCCCAACGGAAGAAAGAACCACCGCCCCGGGAAAAGCUGCGAUUUUUCCUGAAGAGAAGCUCCGAACCCCUUCUUAAUCUCCAAAAUACAGCACAACAGCGCUCAGGGUUUACGCAGCAGUUGGCUCCCAUUCAAGAGCCACAAACCAAUCAGCAUCACACGCUGAUCAUCGAGGAGUUCGAGCCAGAUGUCUUUCGUCAGCUCAUCGAGUAUAUUCACACCGGUUGUGUCACCCUGCAGCCGAGGACAUUAUUAGGGGUAAUGAAUGCUGCUGAUUAUUACGGUUUGGACGAGUUGAGAAAAGCCUGUGCUGGCUUCGUGCAAUGCUGCAUCACGGUGGACACCGUCUGUGCACUUCUGGCAUCAGCAGAACGAUAUAUUCAAUAUAAAUGUACAAAAUCCCUCGUACAAAAGGUCCUGGAGUUCGUCGAUGAACAUGGAAACGAAGUGCUCAAUCUAGGAUCGUUCACGUUACUCCCUCAGCAUGUGGUGAGGCUGAUUCUCGCCAGGGAAGAGCUGCGAGCUGAUGAGUUCACUAAAUUUGAGGCGGCACUGAUGUGGAGUAAAAAAUACUGCGACAGUAAUCCAACGAUUCCGCUCCAGGAUGUAAUCGGAAACUUCUUGGAAUACAUUCAAUUUCACAAGAUCCCCGCUAAUAUUUUAAUGCGUGAGGUUAAUCCACUGGGACUGGUACCAUCACCCAUUAUCAUGAACUCCCUGGCCUAUCAGACCCCACCAGUGUCGACCCAGGUAAACUCUCUCCCCACCGAGUGAGGAGACAGGGUCGCAGUAUGUCAGUACAAUCAUCAUUGGAUCCAUGCGGUAGUAACACGACACUGAGCUCGUGUGGAAGUGAUGCUGGGUCUGACCAGAAGCAGCACUCGGGUAGUAACUAACCUCUGGCCCCGGCCGCCUUGGUGGCGGCCACUGCGGACGUGACACCUGGGGAAACACCGCCAAGGUGUGUCGCUACGCCGGAUCUUCGAGUUAUUGUCCAUACACCAGCUGUCACACCGCCGGGGAGCUGUCACUCAAAUAAUGAGCUGUCCGAUGUCAUUCAGGAACAUCAGACCACUGUUGAUGUGCAUCAAGAAAAUAUUGAACAGACGAAUGAACCCAUUGAUAAGACAAGUGGCCUCUAUAUUCGUCUUGUUUUCAGACAAGAGGGACGACCGGACAUCGUUUGGUUCUAUAAAACUCAUAAGUUUUAGGUUCAUCACAGUCUCGUAUCGAUGCUACUGCCAGGUCGGGCUUUUUUAUUUUUUAUUUUCUAUUUUUAUAAUCGUGUUUUCCGGAAAAACUUGAGUUGCUAAAGUUUCAAUAAUUUCCGUGAUCGGUUUAUUAUCGUAAAUUUAGUCAUUCAUUUUCCUGAUUCAUUUAAUUUUAAUUUAGCAGGGGAAUUCGUGUUUAAUAAGAAAAAUUUAAUAUUUUACAAAAUCUAUUUAAUUGACUGAGCUUCCCGUUGGUAAAAGUAUAUUUUAAGAAAUUUUUGGAUACAUAAUAAAAUAUCAUUUUUCAUUUGGGAAGUGGAAAACUGCUGAAAAUGCACUUUUACAAAGGAAAGUGUAAGUUUUACAUGAGAAUUUUCUUCGUGAAGUAAUAAGUAAAGAAAUUCCCUCAUUUAAUUCUUUUCAUUCCUCCCCCAAUUCGUUCUAAUUAAAUUAGCCGACCCUCCAACAUCAUAAAAAUUAAUCAGCUUAAUCAGCCGGUUCGAAUCUCUCACGAGACAUAAAAAACGUGCGUUAAAACACAAGUGUUCUAAAUUAAUCACGACAUAUCGAUUCAAGGCAUUUUGAUCAAUAUCAGUGAACCGGAAAGACUCAAAAAAAAAAAGGAUAAAUUCUAUAUUUGAUACUACACACGAUGAAAACUAAACUGAAAAAAUCCAUCACAGUCAUUAGCAUCAUCCGGCACGUGUGUUUGCAUAGUUAUUCCGGGUUUCGUAAUCGUUAAUUACGCAGAUAAUGAUGAUGAUGGUCACAUUACUCAUCGCACUUAUCGAUCCAUUCUUUUGUGAUAAUUUGUUAUUUACGUUUCGAAUUGUAUCGACUGUUGAGAAUUUUGAGAAUUUAAAGGGAUCGUCGUGAAGAUUCAUUCAGUCCAUGCUACGGUAUCACUAAUGCUUAGAAUAAUGGAUGUUUAUUUGACUUAACAUUCUUAGAUAAUUCUAAUUGCACGAACAUCGAAACUAGUCAUUCAUCCGUGGAUUAUCACAGUAGAUCACGUGAUAUGGCCAUUAAAAAAAAAUUGUUGGUUGUAAUUGAAUGAAAAAAUUCUAUAAUUAACGCUAUAAAAGUAUUAAUAAUCGUUGAAUAUUUGUGAAAUGAAGCGCCAUGUUUGCCAACAUGAAAGCGAAAUGGUAAAUUUCAUUGUUAAUGAAGGUAGUAUGGUCUGACUAAUUUUAAGAAAAUUUUCUAAUUGAGAAUUUCGGAGAUCAGAACGGAAUUCGAAUAACUUCAAGUCUUUAUAAGACUCAAGACUUGUAUCAGUAAUAAAUAGAAAUAUAAAAAAUAUAUUCGUGAAAACGUCAUGGCCACACUACCUUAACGAGAAGAAUGAGUGUCUUGGAAGCAUAAUUCAAAAUAAUUUUAGACUGAACAACACCUUGAGAUUGUAAUAAACAACUAGUUUGAGAAUAGAGAAGAUAAAGUUUAUAUUUUCAGGUACUUUUCCCCUGAAAUCUGCAACUUUAUUAUCUCCGCGAAUAAUAAUUAUAGACCAAUCAAAACUUAGAAAAAAAAAGUACGAAAUGCUUGCAAUUAUUGUCGCUGGGUACGACAUAAUUACUAAACACAACUGACUACAUCUAAAAAAAAAGUUGCUACCCGAGUUAAAUAAGAAUUACGAUGUAUCAUUGUUGCUCCUAACAAAGGGAAGAAAAAAAAUGACAGAAAGUAUUCUUUUACAACUUGAAAAAUGCCAGCAAACUGAUAACAAAAUAUUGAUGAUAAGGAUGAAUAUGUUGUGUGACUAAAUAAUCAUAGUGUACGUUUAGAAUUCAAAUCAAAUUUCAUCAUCACAAUCAUCCUGGGGCGUCGUCUCGCCAAUCAUCACGAAAGUUGUAUUCGUUUUAUUCUAUUUGUCAAGUAAUGUUUACCGAAUACUGCGAUCUUAAAACACGAUGGAAAUAACUCCACGGACGCCCUUUGACAACACUCCUACCUCAAUAUUUUCGGUAUAUGCCCGAAUACUUGGGAAACCCGUACUUAUUUAACUGUCAUUUUAUUCUUUGGACAGAUACCAGUGUUAUUUACAUUCGCACAUAUAUGUAUAUUGUGGUAACUAUUACGAGCUGCAUCAUAUUCACCCGGAGAAAAGUCAUUAAACAAUGUUAGAAAAAAAUGCAAAUCUUUCCUACAUUACCGACGCUCCUAGUUCAUAUUUCUGAACCGCGGCGCUUCGGUACCUCAGUAGUGGGGGGUUCGUUCCCCCACUCCUUCCCGAUUGGGUAUAUAAGCGCGUGCACGGCACUAGCUCAUCUAAUUUCGUUUCCUCCAACAAACUAGUCACUGCACCGGUUGAUUAAACGGAGCCAUUAAGCUAGUCUUCUAUGAAAUUUGUAAUGACACUGGUAUCUCCCACCCGUUACCACUCCUCAAUGCAUCGAUCUCUCCCCUACUCAAUCAAACUAGGCGUUGAAUAAAAUAUAACCAACAAUCCAUUUGUUUAUAACAUUAUAUAUAGACUCGUUUAUAUGCGCUCGUUGAUGUUUCCACAGAGAAGUAAAAUAAUAAUGUCAAAACAAAAUUUUAUCGUGAAAAAUCCGACUCCAAGUGUGAGAGUCGGUAAUAUUUUAUAUUGUCGUGUUAUAUGCAUCCGUGAUUGCAUAAAUGUCAAGGGUAUAUUUAUAUGAAUGUGAAAAACAAAAAAAAAUACAAGAAUGUGUCGUCUACAUGCGUAACGUGUGCGUACAAUAUUACAUAAAUAAUGAGAAAAUUGUCUAUGAUGAAUUCACGUUUAUGAUAAAUGAAAUGUUAUAAAUUAUUUAUUUGGGGGCGAACUGAUCAGCCAAAUCACUGCUUUUCAAAAACUACCCUCAUUCUGACGCAGAUAUUUUUUUCCAGUCGUCCGUAAAGGAGGGAAGAUUAUACAUAAUAUUCUUGUGAUAUUAAUUUAUUAUUAAUAUCAAUUGUCAACUCUUCAUUUCAGCAUGAAGAGGCAUUUAUCGCACCACUAAUUUUCUAUUUCCCAUUAUCAUUUCGUUAAUUAAUAUUAAACAAUCGUAAUACCUCAUCAGUUCGCCAUGCGGGGUGAAAUCUACCUAAAGUUCGAUCUCUAUAUAAUGUCGUGAUAUACUGUAGUCAAAUAAGUGACGGACAAAAAUAAUAAUAAAAAAAGAUAAAGUGCAAACAGGUUUCAGUAUUU